AUGCUGGACAAUGGAAGCAUUGAGCUACCAUAUACAUUUUUGAAUAGGAGUAAAGCAGAGUCCUAUUUUCAGGACAAUGCCUUCUCACUGCUUGAUAAUUCCUCUCAUGCGCUUGGUUCUGAGCCGUCUUCUGACAAGGUCUCGGUAGGCGCACUUGAACGCUCGCCACUCUCCUUUCCACAGAAGUCAAAGAUCACAGAAGGCAGCGCUGCAGGUGCUGACGUCUUCGGUGGGAGCCUUAGUCCCGCUAGCCCCCAAACCUUUCCAUUACCCUUGACUGACGGUCUACAGAGGGAGGCGCCAAAGCCUUCAGACAAUGAAUUUAAGGAGGAGGUUGUCGGAGUGCUGACCCCUGCCCAUUAUGCCACUUAUCUUCAUUGGGAUAUUAGUCAGAAGCUUCGCAUGAACCCGGGGGUUACACCCAUCAUUCGCGCCCGCUGGCACACUGGUGAACAAUUCGUGGCCGCUGCGGCAUCCCUACGAGAUGACAGCGCACCUGUGCCAAGCCAAAAAUCAGUCUUUUUCUCAUCUGAGGGCAGUUUGGCGCUGAUCCCCGCGACUCAGGAGUCUCAAACAGACAGCAACGGGCGGCUCCUGCCAUAUCCUUUUUUUCUACCGACACCCCUUCAGCUUCUUCAGGGUGCUUUUGGAAAGGCAUACGCCGUUAAGGAGCUUGGAAAUUUCGAUACAUCCGUGUCUGCCCCUGCAUAUGGGGACAAUGAAGCCAACGAUAAGCAGCCUGGGGACGCAAAGACUGCCUCCUUCCCAGAGCAGGAAUUCCCCGCUGAACGAAGUAACUCCCGUAGGGACACCAGUACGUUUCUGCGGUGGGUCCCUUUUGGACUCACGCGAAAAUACUCAGGAAUUGGAAAUGCACACCUCGAAGGCUCCCUUGAGCGGCCGCCGCCGGAGGAGGACACCAUGGUGGAGGUUGCUAAGCGAGACAAUGAAGAGCUAUUUAUAGAAGCCCUUUCCAGGGAGUUACCAAACCGAUGGCUUGAGGCCCCAGAUGGGAGAAGACUCGUCAUUAUCUUGAAUGACCAGAUCAUGGAGUGCAGGAAUCUACUGCAUCUUGCCAAGAGCGCCGCGAAUGACGGUACACCAGUCUUCAUGGAGUAUUCGGAAGGUAUGGAUCUGCGGAAACUGCUGUUGCGGUUGAAAGACGAGAGCAUUGGAGACAGGAAGAUAGCCUUCGUUGUCUUCGCACUGGGAAGCUCAGAGCUGGUCCCUUUGAACCGGGCCUUCUUAGAUCGGGCAGUCUUGCGAGUCCCCAAGGCAGCAGAUAUCAAAGCUUUUUUAAAUCGAAAAGAGGAAGAGGCAGGUGCUGCUCUGGCGGCGGAGAUAGAAGAGGAAGAAGAGUGGCGUCGCCACAUGCAUAAACACAAGGAGCAUCUUAAAGAGAUCGAGGUAGAAGCAAAGGAGCAACAAGAACUCAAAGUCGAACUGGGCAUGAAGACAAGACAGCAAGCAAGCCCGACAAGCGGUAGAAGAUCAGAAGAAGAAUCCGAGCAGCGACCGCAGCAGCAGGAUCCACCAAUAUUGGUUUUAAACCCUUUCGAGGAAUAUGUGCUGCGUUUUAAUUACACUGAAGUCGGCGAUAUACGUAGCUACGCAGCGACGCUCGCCACGUCUCUCAGAAAUGAGCCCUUAGAAGUGACUAUUGGGGGUAUCUCGCACAGAGUUGCAAUAGUAAUACUCUCGGAGCCUUUCGAGGCGGAAUUGGAGCCCAGCCAGACUUGGUUGCGUCUUCAUCGUUUUGUUCACAUGGCGAUCGCCAUCUCAAUGAUUGUCGGCCUUUUGUGCUGCCUUUGCAUGUGGCGCCUGAUGCUGCUACUCAAACAGCGCUAG